AUGCCUUCCAACUCGAAACGAACAGCUACAGUGCCAGCAGGCACGUCGAGUCAAAAUCCUACCUCCAGCACAGCUAAAUUGAGCACCAUCAGCACCCCAGCCAAUGCUAGCAACACGACAUCUACAAUGCCACCUACAGAAGGCGCUCCUACCGUCAACCGGAAGAAGCAAAAGAGGCGGCAGAAACAAGCUGCUCGUUUAGCCGCGGAGCAACAACGAAGUGAUGCGUCCACCCCCACAAACAGAAACGGUCAAGAUGUUAGCGAUGGGUACGAUACCGGCGCCAGGCAUGGUCACACAUGCAGCCCAACGCAGCAACAUACGUUUAAUGAGAAGGGCGAAUCGAUUGAGAACCCCGGGGCGUGGUAUUCGGACGACGACCGGGAUUUCCCACGCGGCCAACACGACAACCAUCAACAACAUAUUAAUAACAGUAAUAAUAACGAUGGCAACUCAAGUCAACCCCAAAAUAAUGCUGGAAGCCGGAAGAGUAAAAAGAAGAAAGGCAAAAAGGGCCGGAAUGGAGGCCAGGCCGCCGAAGGGAGCUCGUCUCACUCAACACCACCCCCUCCACCACCCCUUAAUUCUUCGGCACGUCCUGUUGGAGUACCACCGCCCCUCGUCAACGCCUAUCGAUCAGCUCACAGAAUAUCCAAGGAUCGCAUAUGGAACACGUCAACCCAUGAAGAGCGGGAAAAUAUUAAAGAAUUCUGGCUACAGCUAGGAGAAGAGGAACGCCGUUCGCUAGUAAAGGUUGAGAAGGAAGCUGUUUUACGGAAAAUGAAAGAGCAGCAGAAACACUCCUGCAGCUGCACGGUAUGCGGCAGGAAACGUACAGCCAUUGAAGAGGAGCUCGAGGUAUUAUAUGACGCAUACUACGAGGAGCUGGAACAGUAUGCCAACAAUAACCAGGCCUCCUUUGAGAACGGCGCUUCGCUUCGACUACCUCCCCGCCUAUACCAAACUCCUAUUCGGUCUCUGCACCAUCACCACCAUCAUCACCACCACUCUCACCCUCACCCUCACACCCACCCUCACUCCCACUCUCACUCUCAUUCUCACUCUCAUUCUCAUGCUCAUUCUCAUUCUCACGCUCACGCUCACUCUCACUCUCACGCUCACUCUCACUCUCACGCUCACUCUCAUAUACCCCAACACCCAUCACGAGGGCGGGUACAUGAACUGCCAGAAGACGAAGAGGAUGAGGAACUGGAGGAAGAUUAUGAAGACGAAGAUGAGGAAGAUGAGGAACCAUACAGUGACGAAGAUCUCGACGUAGAUACUAGGACAACUAGGGCCGACUUCUUUGCCUUUGGAAAUAGUCUAACAGUAAAGGAUGGAAUCCUGACAGUGGCAGACGAUUUACUAAAAAAUGACGGCAAGCAUUUCAUUGAUAUGAUGGAACAGUUGGCGGAACGGCGGAUGCAGCGUGAGGAAGAGACACAGUAUAUCUCAUCAGCAGGCCACCCGUCAAUGCAAGCUGGUCAUAAUCAUGGAGCCCCGUUAGACGACGAAGACUACGAGGAUGACGAGGAUGAAGACUAUGAUAGCCAGGAAGAGGAUGAAUUUGAGGAAGAUGAAAUGGAUGCAAUGACGGAGGAGCAACGAAUGGAAGAAGGCCGGCGAAUGUUCCAGAUUUUUGCUGCUAGGAUGUUCGAGCAACGGGUUUUAACAGCUUAUCGAGAAAAGGUUGCGCGUGAACGACAGCAACGGCUCAUAGAGGAACUCGAAGAAGAGAACCGGCUGGAUGAAGAGCGUGAAGCAAAGAAGGCCAAAGAAGCCCAGAAGAAAAAGGACAAGAAGCGCCUACAGAAGCAAGCCAAGGAUGAGGAGAAAGCUAGACGGGAGGCUGAACGAGCUGCCGAGCUAGCUGCUCAAAAAGCUGCGGAAGAGGCAAAACUCAAAGAGCAGCAGCGGAAGCGAGAAGAGCAACGGAAGAAAAAGGAGGCUGAGAAGAAAGCUCAGGAGGAAGAGCGGCUCCGGAAAGAAGCUGAUCGGCAAAGACGGUUGAAGGAGGAGCGUGAGCGUCAGGCAGAGGCCGAAAGAAAGCAGCGAGAGCAAAAGGAGAAGGAGAAAAAGAAGCGCGAGGAGGCGAAGAAAAAGGAGCGGGAGGAACGAGAAGCCAAGGAAAAGGAGCAGCGAGAGCGAAAGGCCAAAGAAGAGCGUGAACAGAAGGCCAAAGCAGAGCAGGAGAAACGAGAAAAAGAAGUUGCUGCUGCCGCCGUGAGACCUGACCGUGAACACGUCAGACGGGAGGAGUUGGGACCUAUACAGCUAGAGCAACAUAUGCCAGCUCAGGGCGCAAAGCGAGCUUCACAGACAGGAGUGGCAUAUUAUCCUCCUGGACUUCACCAUCCACAACCUCCAAAUCUACUUCAAUCGCCCCAUUUCCAGGUUGCUACGCCUGUGAUACCAAAAGCACCAACACCCGUUCGAGCUCGACAAGCUUCCCAGCAGGACUCUCACGCUUCAUCACCCCGUUCUCAGCCCGCAUACACCGAUACUCUACACACCUCGAUUUCUCCAGGAGCUGCGCAUUCAUCCGGUGCGUCCAGCGUUGUGUCGAAUAAGGGAAUGGCGCCGCAUCCGAACAACCUUCACCACCCGCAACAAGUUGCACCUCUGUCACCUUUGGGAGGACCAGGUCGCGGUCAACCGCCCCCCGGAUUCAAUGCUUUGCCAAGUUUAAAUGGCAUUCCCGGUGCUGGGUUGCCAGGUAUGGGACAUCGUGGUUCUCUAAGCCAUGAAGCUUCCCUGUAUCCGAAUCCCAUUGCCAGUCAGUUUAGAGGAAUUGGGUCACCCGAGGGCCUCUCUGCUCCACCCGGAAUUGUCCCUAGACACGCUUCCCAAAGCAGAGGGUUUGGCCUGGACUCAAGCCACAACCCCCUGGCCUUCCAUUCCCCGCUAAUGACAGCUGGCACUCUCGGCCCACAACCCAUCCAGAUACCUCGUGAGAGCCUCUCACACGGGCAUGCCCAUACCAGUCAGCUCUCCGCGUCACUCGAUAGGAGCGCCAACGAGCCUCUUCCACUCAAUCAACCUAUAGGGUCCCGCCCGGCCCCUAUUCAACGGCCGUCAAGUAUCGUUCACGAUCAUGGAAAGGACCGCUCAAAGUCAAGCCAGUCGGAUGUCGAUGAACUUAGUACUCAGCUAGGAAGUAGUGCGCUUUUGGAUGAUACGGACCUCCCGCUUAAUACUGGGCUUUCACAACCAAUACCUGCUCCAGGAACCGGAAGAAUGGCGUUCGGGACGACUCCUUUAUUCUCCGAAUCAUUAGGAUCCGCCACUGCCUCAAACUUCCCCCUAGGAGCGCCAUCGAGUGGUGGAACAUGGGGCUCAGCAAUCCCAUUUGGACCUCCAGGAUUCGCCAGUGCUGCGUCUUGGGGUGCCGGUCCAAGUCCAACAUGGUCCACUGGAGCUUUCGGUAUUAUUGGAAGACCUCACCAUCCGCACACCCCAAGACCAGUCACGAUCCGACUUCUGGUUAGUCAAGCGUGUAAGAAGCUCACAGCUAGCUCCCCUGAAAGCUCCGGUUUCCAUAGCACAAACCAAGUCCUACGGCAAAUCGAGCAGUUCAACCCACCACUUGACGUUCCGAUCACUCUAGAAGAGAUAGUGGAUAUCUGUGAUACAGAGGGCAAUUCACAGAACGGCGGCGGCUCCCUUAUUGUCGAUUAUGCCGGAUCCCGUGGGACCUUCAUCAAAUUCGAGCCCGAAAGUUCGAGCCCAUUAUCCGCCACUAUGCCCAAUACAUCGCCUGGCGACAUUGGCAGCCCAGUCCCGAGAAACAGCUACCCUGCCCACAUAGGUAGCGGCGGCAGCGCUGGAGCUGGUGGUUCUAGUUCCAGAUACUUUGCUUCCACCAAUGUCCCUCCUCCCACUGGGUGCUGA